AUGGGGGAUUCGGUUUCGUCCUCCAAAUCCAAAAUGCGCAUACUGCUCCUCAAUCCCAACUCCUCCCAAGACAUGACCAGCCGCAUGGUCCGGGCUGCCGAAUCCACACCGGUAUCCAAUUCUGUGCAAGUGCACCCCAUGACAGCCAGCUGUGCCGCCCCCUCCAGCAUCGACGACAGCCAAGACAUCCAAUCCAGCACGACAGUCGUGUUGAGCGAGUUGCCGCCCGCAGAUUUUGCCCGGAACAACUGGGAUGCCAUCCUGGUCGCCUGCUUUAGCGUCCACAGCCUCGUCCCAGCACUGUCAAACUGGUUCGAGGGACCGGUGACUGGCAUCUUUGAAGCCAGCAUCUUGACCGCCAUGUCUCUGCUGGGACCCGGCGAGCAAUGGGGAAUCGUUACAACGGGCAGGUUCUGGGAGAAACAUCUGUCUGAUGGCGUGUGUGAGUUCCUGGGCGCCGACCCACGCCGCAGCACCAAAUUUGCUGGUGUUGCCACGUCGGGCUUGACGGCGGGCGACUUUCAUACCGUCUCGCCAGAAGAGGUCAGUGCAAAGUUGAGCCUGGCUGCGAAAGGGCUUCUCGAAUCUGGCAACAUUGCGUGCGUGGUCCUGGGCUGCGGCGGAAUGGCUGGACUGGAGGAUAUCAUCCGUUGCGCCGCCGUACAUGUAUACGGGGAGCAGAGAGCCAGGAAGUUGUACAUCGUGGAUGGUGUCAAGGCAGGUAUUAUGCAGCUUCAUCAGUGCAUAAAUGGCGCGAGGACCUUCAGAUAA